GGGGGGGCACAGGGAAAAAAGUUUUCAGUACAGAGAGAAACGCUCACUAGAUGCCAUCUCUGAAUUAUUUUAUUGAUUAACCGCCAGGCUGAGCUACGGUCAAGGUCACAAGUGUUAGUUUCAUUUGGUGUAUCUCUAAGGCGAUGUCUACAUCAAAUAUAUUGGUUCUUACGUUAAUUAGUUUAUUAAGAGUUAGAGGAAUGAUUGAUUCUUGUCCCAAUGGAAAGAUGAGAUGUCCUAAUGGCAGAUGCAUAGACAAAACUUCGGAUAUAUCCAAAUGUGAAUAUGACUAUCCGUUUGCAAAUUGUGGUCCUGAUAUGAAAUGGUGUUCCAGUACGUUCUCGUGCGUAGAGACACAUCUCUUCUUCACCGCCUGUUCAAAGUGUAGUUCGAACGAGAAGAAAUGUUAUACGGGAUACCCACGGUGUAUAGCUAGAGACUUAUACUGUCCGGAGGAAGGCUGUGCAAUGGGUUUUAUAAGAUGCGGAUACGAGUGUCUUGCCCAAUCGGAAAUUUGUCGAAGAGAUUUAAAUACCAAAUGUGAAACAUAUUUCACUUGUUCGAAUUAUACUGAUGGAGCAACAAAAAGAAUUUACUAUAUCAUCUGUCUUGUCUUACCUAUAACAUUAUUAUUUUUAGUUUGUUCAAUUAUGUUAAAAAAGUAUAGAUCGGCGUCUAGAACAACGGUAGUGAUAGACGCUCCUGUCGAGCAACUUCCACUAGGUAGAUUAGAAGAUGGAAGGGUUUCAAGUAGGGUGGGUGGACUGCCAAUUCUCGUGGCAGCACCUGGUGUUCAUAUAAAUGUUAGCAACGAAAAUAGACUAGAACCGCCUUCCUACGAUGAAGUAGUCGACGACAGAUUGCCUUCCUACGAAGAUAUUUUAUCUAACCCUAAUACACAGAGAACAAACACAGCUUAAAGAAACGAAAGCUUUAAUAUGAAUGUAUACUUGAAGAAAAGUUGUUUUUCUCCCUGCCUAGAAACACCUCUUUCGGCUCUAAACUAUUUUUGAUUGGUAGUCAUAAUAAUUGUUUUUUUUUUUGAAAUGUUAACACGAAGAACCCAGUUUUCAUCCAUCAAAAAAAAGAAAAUCAAUGUGGUUCAGCUGCUAAAAGCAGUAAGUACCAAAGACAAGAACCGAAAACAAUCUCUAUACAUCUAUCUAUAUCAGAAAUUACAUGAAAUAAUUCAAGUUUAUAUUGGCAUAGAAGAAAAGUAUAUUGUAGAGAAUUAAACAUUACGUUCUCUCUCUUUUUUUGCAAUUACCGCAAGGUUAGAAUAAAAAAUUCAUUUACAACCUCAAAAAAUGUGGGAGAAAACAGAAAGGAAGAGAAGAGAGAGAGAGAGAGAAGAGAAAAGGAAUAUUUUAGAAAACUAUUUAAAUUUUUUUAUCUAUAUCCACCGUACUGCACUAAUUUGAAUGAUAUUUAAUAAAUAAUGAACUUAGUAUUUUCCUCUCCUUGUUAUCCAGAAAUGUGUUUACUACCUCAACCUAUCCUAAUCAAUUUUUUUAUUUAUAUAUUGUUUACAAAUCACUUGAAAAAAUAUCAAUACUUUCCGAC